AUUACCACCUUAUCCUUAACGAUCAAGAUCUCGGCAAAAUCGCGUUCAUUUCCGAUCAAAAUUACCCCGGAAAUAAAUAUAUCAUCUAUUUUUAUGAAGAUGCUAGCACUUUAUUUGCUAACAUUAUCUCUGAUUUUAAAUACCCACAAGAUCCAAAUAAGUUAACCGUCAAUAUUUUCCCUUUGAUACCAGAUCUAAGCGAUGGAUACACAGCAAUGUUUCGUAAUCAACCAUACUUGAGUACUGAUUUAGUCGGUUCAUUAGUGAUUAGUUUAAACAAUACUAUCUCGACUAUUUCAGUCAAAGCAUUGUUACAUGAUGGAUCUGAAAUACUUGCAAUAACUAAAAUAAAAAAUGAUGGAAACUCAAUUGAAUUACCUUUUUCGCUUGCAAAAAUUAAAUCAAAAUUGGAGGCACAUGAAGUCAAAAUUUUCUUUUACAUUGAAGAUAUGUUGGCUCAUCUUUCAUACGCAAAACUUUAUGUUCUUCCCGUAGGACCAAAAACUGUCAAGAUUGAUCGUUUAUAUGGCGGAAUUUUAACCUCAACAAAUGAAACAAUUUUUCCAGUCGGACCAUAUGUUGAUAUUGGUGGAUGGUUAGAAAAGGGUAAAGAAAGAAAUAUCCAAACCAAUCUCCAAACUCUCAAAGAUCAGAAUUUUAAUAUCAUUAAUCCUGAUCCACCAUAUCCAAAUAUUUCAUUCAUUCAUCAAAUGUUUCAGGCAGCUGACGCCAUAGGUGGAAUAUAUAUUCAAUAUUCAUUUCGACAUGAUUAUACCGAUAUUCAAAAGGUUAUCAAUCAAGCAGAUGAACCUGAUGGUGAAAAAUGGACAUACAGUUCUUCUGCAGUUUUCGAGGCAUAUGAUGUUAUAAAAAAAAUGGAUCCAUACCAUCCAAUCUCUUUGACGCUAAAUUGUAAAUAUAGUUCUGCUUUUUAUGCAGAUGCUACGGAUAUAUUGGGCAUUG